CUUUAUUAUAGUGCGUACAUAAAUAAUACUAAAAAUCCCACCAGUAUAUGUCGGCUAUAUAAUGGUGGGCCAAAUAUUACAACACGGACCAGAUUUGGCCCCCGGAGUUUGACACCUGUGACCUGUUGUUUUGAAACAUUGCCAGAUUAUCUUUUAAUGAAAAAAGUAAAGGGAUAUGACUGAAUUCUUUUUGAAUUAAGUACAUUUUUCACCGUGGCCCGAUACCAAAUGACCUACUGAUCGGCACUGGCCCCCGGACUUGGUCGGUUCAUGGUCAUACCCUGUUAAUCCUUGCUCUUUGUUUGUGCCGUGUGUCCUAUAGCUAGUGAGUUUUUGCGUCAUUUGGAUUUUUGAAUGUCCGAAAGUAUUGAUAAACUACAGAUGAUGUUAAUGUUGAUGUUAAUUCCUCUGCCAUGAGCAGUAGAGCAGGGGAUUGUCAAACCCAUUUUCACCAGGGACCACGUCAGCAAUACUACUCAUAUAACAUAUUCAUAACGUAUUUUAUAAUGUUUCUGCAAUGAAUUAUUAUUUAUUCAAGUUACGAAUAUUGUACAUUAUUCUGUGUAGUAAAAAAAAUAAUUUGAUCAGGUUAAGAAACUCAGCAACAUGGACUUUAUUAAAAGACAAUUAAACAAUUUCACGCUCCCUCAGUUUGACCCGUGCGUUAGAGUAGCGGUCCCCGACUCCAAUUGGCCCAUUUUUACAUUCCCUCUGUUUUCAGAUGUAAAUGUAAAUGUAAUAAAUAAGUAAAUAAAUAAAUAAAUAAAGUGCUACUCUAAAAACUCAAUAGCAGUGUGUUGUUUUCGUUACGGUAGCAGCGCGUAUCUUUAUUGAAAAACAUGUUGACAGUUGACGCUGUGAGUCUGCCUGGGUGUAGUAAGGGUGUGGACACAAGUGGACAGAGACAGUCAGGCAGGUCCGAACCAGAUAAGAGGUUCAGCCCAUGCUGUUUGGUCCAUCCCAGAUGUCAUCAACAAUAUGUUAAUGAAGCAGAAGGCCUUUAAGUUCUGCAGAGGGGCCAGAGUGCCACUUGGAAAGAAGGAAGUGAACACAACGCGACAGAAUAAGGUGAGCGUGUUGGUGGUAAAACAUAACUGAAGAUAUAUCUUUUUAUAAUUAGCACUUCUCAUUUGAUAUUUGUAUUCCUAAGGUUUGUAUAUAUAUUCGAUCCAUUUCUGCAUUUGUUUUAUUUUUCUGUAUAUUCAAGUAAUAAUACUUUAGCAGUAACAUUUCACAAAAUGUUUUUUUUUUUUUUUUUUUUACACUUUUAGCAGUAACAUUUCACAAAAAUUUUUUAAAUUUUUUUUUAUGACCAAUGGUUUGCAUGAUGUAUAAUUUGCUACUUGUCGCAGCAACAAACUCCUCACGAGUAUGUCUUGCACCCUGGACAGGAUAUCAUCUUAUACUGUAAGUUCAUCAUAGAGACACUAAAGUAUAGAUGAGGUACUACCCAGGGUUUAAUUCCUGCUCUGACUUUAUCAGGAAAAAGACAGGCCUAACCAGACGGCAGGACGGACUCACAGCAGAGGCGGGCCGUCAAACCGUUACCAUUACUGAGUUUUAGUAAUGGUAAGGGUUAUAUGGCCCUUCCUCAAAGUCAUCCAGAGCAUCGCGACGGGGGAGAGACUCUCUCUGUGUGCAUGUCUUCAGCCGUAUGCCUUUUAAAUGUGCUCGUGAAAUGUGAAAUAAAGCCGAUCGUUCCAACACGUUUGUUUUUUUGAUCGUAUCGCCACGAUUCGAGUUAUUACGUGUGCUGCUCGGGUCAGUUGGCUUAUCUGAACGCCGACCUCUGUGCACUUGGCUUUGUCUAAUCAUGGGGAAGCAGGCGAGUGCUUGACGGGGGGUGCCUCCUCCACCUCCUCACCCACACUCUCUCUCUCUCCCAUCACCCCUGCUUAAGGCCACUGGGAGGUUAUUCAUCACGCUGCCCUGGAUAGAGUAGCUGUCGAAUUAACUCACAGGCAGCGGGAAUGAAUCUAAUCACCAUUAUCUGGCCUAUUUUUGGCAUCAGUGUGUGGAGUGGUAUACAUCCCAUGUUACAUUAGUGUUGCAGUGAAAUGCUGGCCUGUCUGCCGGUGCCAGGUGACCUCCCCCUCCAGCUUCUCCCCCACACGCAGAUGAACACUGGACCUCAGAAAUGGGACACCACACAAAGGAUGAGAUCCACUCCAUUUCCAACACCUGCAGAAUUGGAUGCAUAUGCUAAGAAGGUUGCCAACCAACCGCUAACAAUCAAGAUCUUCCCCAACAGCGUCAAAGUCCCGCAGCGAAACCACUUGCGUCGCACUGUCAACGGCCUGGAUACGUCAGGCCAGCGCUACAGCCCCUAUCCUUCAUCGCAGACCAGUGCCAGGGCAGGCCUCCUCGCCAUUGUCAAGUUGCCUACGGUUAAAGGCGUCCUGAAGGAUUUUGAUGGCAGCCGGGCUCGCUUGCACCCUGAAGUCAUUAUGAAUUCUGACACUGGACCUUACCAAGUAGCUGCAAGCAGCACUUUAAAACACCCUCCUUUAACAAACCUCUGCCUGUCACAGCUAAACGUACCCCUGCAACCGCAGGACCCGCCUCAGUCUCUUCAGAUGCCCCUGCCUCAGCAACAGUGUCACACUCAGAGUCUUAGACAACUUGCCCCAAUGGCCCCGCACUCUCAGGGCCCAUCCAGACUUCAGACUUUGUCUCAGCACCCAGCCCUUGGUCACCCUCAGGGCCCCCCUACUGUCAUGCUUCAGCAGCAUCACCUUCAGCAGCAGCAGCCUCCCAGAAAGCUGCCAGAAUGCAGUGACGCACCACCUAACGUUACAGUUUCUACCUCAACCAUUCCACUCUCAAUGGCUGCCGGGCUGCACCAGGGCCACCAGGCAGACCUGGGCACGAUUGUGCAUCAGAUCAACCAGUUCUGCCAAGCUCGAGCUCAAGGUGCAGGGGCCACGUCAAUGUGUGAGGGCCAGAUUGCCAACCCCAGUCCCAUUAGUCGCCAUUUGCUAGUGAGCGCCUGUUCCAGAGUUUCCAUGCAGAGCCACCCUGCCACCCCCGGCUUCCCCACACUCAACCCCAUCACUGGCUCUCAAGAGAAAGCCAUGGUCCCAAUGGGUGCUCACCUUCCACCCGCCGUGACUGCCAUGAAUCACUUGCCUUUGAGUUACACUGAUCACAAACAUCAGCUCCAUUUACAGCAUCACCUGCAUCCCCAACAGAGUCAGCAGCAACACCAAAUGCAACACAACACACAACAGCAGAAGCUGCGCUCCUGGAACCCGCAGCAGUUGUCCCACGCGGCCCACAUUCAAAACGGAGGGAGCCACCUCUGCAAACAGCCUUCCAGGGACUCCACCUUCAGUUAUAAGGGCAUGGGCUACACUGCGGAGUUGUGUGUGGGUCAGCCUUACACGCUAAAGCCUCCUGUUGAAAGGCCCACCCCCUCUCCCCCCGUCAACAACAAUGGCAUGCCUGGCAUGGCUCACUACACUAAUGGUAACUACUUCCAGUCCCACAUUUGGAACAACAGCAUCCUACCCACGCCCAACAGUGACAGCUCCGGGUCUCAGGACGUCGCCAUGCCAUACCACGGUGCAGGCCCAGGGGGAUGCAUCACACUGGACUGUGGGCCCCCCGGGGCGCCCCUUUAUAGGCUAGGAGCAAGCACCUUUUCCACCUCCUCCUCCUCCUCUGCCCAAACUGCUCUGAUGCAAACGGCCGAUUACUUGGGCAAGGACUUCCAGACGCCCUACUUCCGUGAUCAGAAUCUGAUGGGCAAGAUGCACAGGCCUACUCUGAGCAGGGUCGGUCCAGAGGUUGGGGACGAUAAAACCGCUCUCAUCCAGCACCCAGGGUACAGAUAAGCUAUGGCCUUGUCUACACGACACUUAUCGAACUCCCUUUGUUUAGUCUUAAGAAAGGCAACACAAAAAUAAAGUAAACUGUUAAGUUAAACGAAUGACUGCUAUUGUAAAGAGGGUAAAUUAAUAUAUUAAAUAGACACAGUAUUUGAUUUUUUUUUCUUACAAAAAACUAAAUCUUGCAAGUGAUCAAUUGCUAGUUGUUGUUUUGUUUUAUUU